AUGAGCCAACUAUCUCGCCUUCGAGACGAGGUGACACUCCUCAGUGGAGCAGACGGGCCUCAGCCCUCACACGACCAUCUCCUCGUCUACUUCAUCCCGGGCAAUCCAGGACACGUGGAGUACUAUCGCCAAUUCCUCGUCGAGGUUCGCGACGCGCUGAAAGCCUCUGGACGGGAAGAUGUCGUCGUCCACGGUGCUUCUCACGAUGGAUUCGAGACGCACGGCUCGCCUACCCCAACCGCACCUUAUUCUCUCCAAGAAGUGAUAGAGAGCACGCAGCGGAAAGUUGCCUCGAAAGCACGGGAGCUCGCGGGUUCAGAUACACCGCCCACACCCGUCAGAGUUGUGCUCGUUGGACACUCCGUGGGCGCCUAUAUCCUGCUGGAGACUGUGGCCUGGUGGCAGAAGCAGGCGGCAGAGCGAAAAUCUCUGGAAAUCGUUGGCGGAGUGUGUCUGUUCCCGACCGUGGUGGACAUUGCCAAGAGCUCAAAGGGAAAAGUGUUCAGCGUACGUCCGCUGCUUGGCAUGUAAUGUGUUUGUCUGCUGAUUUCGAAGGAGUGGCUCCUGAUGAUACCCUACCUCUCACUCAUCGCCCACUUCGCCGCUCGCCUUCUAUCUUGGAUCCCGCUCUGGCUAUGGAAUUGGCCUAAAUCACUAACCCCCGGCGAAAAGCUUCCCGAACAUACCGCCGUGACAGAAGCGGUGCUCCGCAGUCCCACCGGAGCUAGACAAACAGUCUUCAUGGCCGCAGACGAGAUGCUCGAAAUCAGAGAAGACAGAUGGCAUCCGGCAAACUUAUGGGGAGUACAGCCUCCUCCGAGCAAAAUGGAAACUGAAAUUCACGCGGUGGCCUCAGCACCGAGGACGAAACUGUUCUUCUACUGGGGCGAGGAUGAUUAUUGGGUGGAUAACGAUGUGAGAGAUCGGCUCAUUGCGAAACGUGCCACACGGCAGGGUGACGAGAUGACCGCCGACUGGCCUGAAAUGCUCAUUGACAAGCAUAAGAUGGACCACUGCUUCUCUCUAAACCGAGAGCACUCGGAGCUGGUUGCCACGCAAGUCGCUGGCUGGGUCGAAAAGCUGCUGCCGCAGAAGGAAUGA